AUGUCGAAACCGCGGGUCAUCUACUGGUUUAGGACCGACUUGCGCCUCCACGACUCCCCAGCCCUCAAAGCCGCCCUGGACCUCAAUCCAGCAUGUCUCUACCCCAUCUGGACAUGGGAUCCACACUAUGUCUACCGCGCUCGUGUAGGGCCCAAUCGCUGGCAGUAUCUUUUAGACUGUCAGGAUGACCUGUCCAAGUCCAUCACCAAGCUGAAUCCAAAGUCGAAGCUCUUUGUUAUCCGGGAAGCUCCGCAGACUCUGUUUCCGAAGUUGUUCAAAGCCUGGAAGAUUACUCAUAUGGUGUUUGAAAAGGACACGGAUGCGUAUGCUAGGGAGCGAGAUGACAAGGUAUUGGAGAUUGCGAGAAAGUCAGGCGUAGAGGUGGUUGUGAAGACGGGGCGGACAUUGUACGAUCCCGAUGAACUGGUAAAGCAGAAUCACGGGAAGCCGACGAUGAGCAUUACCCAGGUCCAAGCUGCGGGCAAGAAGAUUGGCCGGAUUCCUAGACCAAUACCAGCACCAAAGUCAUUUCCCAAUCCAGGCGAUACUGAUCUGAAGUUUGACCAAGAAAGACCAGAAAGCCAGCCAGAUGUGAAUGCGAUACAAAGAGACGGUGAUGAGGCGUCGUAUACUGCGUUGGCAGGGCCAAACGGUGACUUUGCAGUGCCCACCAUGGAAGAACUGGGUCUAAAACCCGCAACAACAGCCCAUCGUGGCGGCGAGACAGAAGCACUACGGGCUCUUGAUGAGAUUAUCGCAAAUGAAGAGUAUACAGCGACGUUUGAGAAGCCCAAGACCGCCCCCACGGCUUUUGAACCUCAGUCUACUACCCUUCUCUCGCCACACAUGCACUUUGGGUCCUUGAGCUGUCGCCUCUUCUACUGGCGUGCACAGGAUGUAGUUGACAAGUUCAAGGGAAAAGCUUCUCAGCCCCCUGUUAGUCUGACAGGCCAACUUCUCUUCCGCGACAUGUACUUUGGCGCACAAGCAGCACUGGGCUACUCGUUUGGUCAGACGUACAACAACCCAAACUGCCGUUUUAUACCCUGGCAUCUCCCGUCCAAGAUCGACACCAAAUCGGGCCUCAUCACUGGAGAGUACAUGGUCGACAACGCAGAAGCAGAAGCCCAUUUUCAGCGCUGGAAACACGGCCAAACAGGCUUUCCAUGGAUUGACGCGCUCAUGCGCCAGCUUGCACAAGAAGGCUGGAUCCAUCAUCUGGGAAGGCAUGCCGUGGCCUGUUUUCUAACAAGAGGCGGCUGCUACAUUGAUUGGGAGCGCGGUGCUGAAGUAUUUGAAGAAUGGCUCAUUGACCACGAGGCAGCGUGUAACAUUGGAAACUGGCAGUGGUUAUCCUGCACUGCCUUUUUCGCCCAAUUCUACCGCUGCUACUCGCCCAUUGCAUUUCCCCAGAAAUGGGACAAAGAGGGCAAACUUGUGAGGAAAUAUGUCCCUGAACUGGCAAAGUUUGACAAGAAAUACAUCUACGAGCCGCACAAGGCGCCGAUUGUCGACCAGAAGAAAUGGGGUUGCUUGAUCAAGGGUGAUGGGUCGGCUGCGGCGGAGGGUAGCAUGAAGACGUACCCAAAGCCGAUGUUUGACUUUGCGGAAAGAAGAGAUAUCUGUUUGGCCGGAAUGAAGAAUGCGUAUCAUGUCAAUCUCUACGGCAACUCGCCCCAAGUUCUGGAUGGGUCAUGGCGAAAGGUGUUUGAGGAUGGUGCUGAAGGGCCGACGGAGGGGGAUCAAGGUCCACCGGGCGCCAUGGUCAAACAUGAAGAUGAUGCGGAUGAAGAUAAGCAGGACAUCGACGAGCCAAUGAAUCCUAAACAAGCGAGAAAGACGGCAGUGAAGAGCGAGAAGAAGGUAGCGCAUAAGCGGGAAGCCAGCCAGGGCACGCUGGAUGGUAUGUUUACGCGGAAGAAGAAGAAGGACGGAGACGUGUUUCCCAACGAUACGCACUUUGGGUAG